CUCCUUUUUGGAUUUUUAGCCCUUCGAAAUCCCGCUGUUAGAUAGCGACUUUCCCCUCUCCCAUUUCCAUAAAGCCUUUUCUCUUUUUCCCUUCCUCUCUUCUCAUUUUUCACAUUUCAGUUUUCAUCUCUCUUUUCCCCUUUCACUAAAAUGGCUCAGAAAGUUGUGCUGAAGGUGAUGACGAUGACAGACGAGAAGACGAAGCAGAAAGCAAUCGAAGCUGCAGCAGACAUCUACGGUGUUGAUUCGAUCGCGGCGGAUCUGAAGGAUCAGAAAUUGACGGUGAUAGGAUCGAUGGACGCGGUUGCGAUUGUGAAGAAAUUGAAGAAAGUAGGUAAAGUGGAUAUAAUAUCAGUCGGACCUGCGAAGGAAGAGAAGAAAGAAGAGAAGAAAGAGGAAAAGAAGGAUGAGAAAAAAGAUGAGAAGAAAGAGGAACCCAAGAAAGAGGAGCCCAAGAAAGAGGAAAAAAAGUAAAAUUAUUCAUGUUAUUAAAAAAAAAAAAAAAAAAAAAAA